AAUAGAUUGGUUGCGUGAUGAUGAAUUGGUGGAUUAUUUGGAGUGUUUGGUUAUUAACGUUAGGUUUUGGUGUUUGCAGAGAGAUAGAGUGCAUCCCAAGUGAGAGAGAAACACUUAUGAAGUUGAAGCAUCAUCUCAUUGAUCCUUCAAAUAGGCUUUCAUCUUGGAAUCAUAAUAAUUCAAAUUGUUGCCAAUGGCCUCUAGUUGUCUGCAACAACGUCACUGCCCACGUUCUACAGCUUCACCUCAACACUUCUCCACCUACACCUGAAAUAUAUGAAUAUUAUGAAUUCGAUGACCUUAUAUUCGAGGACGAAGAAGCAUAUUACGAAGCUAUCGUGGCUUACGAGAGAUCCCAGAUUGGUGGAGAGAUAAAUCCUUGUUUGGGUGAUUUGAAGCAUUUGAAUUACUUGGACUUGAGCGGCAAUUAUUUACUUGGACAAGAUUGGCUAUCAAGUCUUUCCAAGCUUGAAUAUCUUGAUUUGGGAUAUACAAACCUAUCCAAAUCAUUUCAUUGGCUGCAAGCUGUCGGAUCUCUCUCUUCUUUGAAGCACUUAUAUUUGCGAGGUUGUAGACUCCCUCUCCCUCACUAUAGUCAACCAUCUGCACUUAACUUCACAUCACUCCUCACUCUUGACAUGUCCGAUACUUCUCUGUUUUCAUUUGUCCCGAAGUGGAUAUUUGGACUCGCCAAACUUGUUUCUCUUCAAUUAAGAGGUAACAAUAUCCAAGGUCCAAUUCCUGAUGGUAUUCAAAACCUCACACUUCUUCAAAAUCUUGACUUGUUUUCUAAUUCAUUCUCAUCUUCUAUACCUAAUGGAUUAUACAGUCUUCGUCAUCUCAAAUUCUUGAACCUAGCAGAAAACAACUUGAAUGGGUCUAUUUCUAAUGCCUUGGGAAAUUUGACUUCUCUGGUUGGACUUCAUUUAUCAGAUAAUCAACUUGAAGGAAAACUUCCUACUUCUUUGGGUAAUCUCUGCAACCUAAGGGAGAUAUAUUCCUCGUAUCUUAAACUCAACCAACAGGUCAAUGAAAUUUUACAAAUUCUUGCUCCUAGUAUUUCCCACGGACUCACAACAUUGUCGGUCCAAGGUUCUCAACUUUCAGGCAAUUUGACAGAUGAAAUUGGGGUUUUUGAAAAUAUUGUCGGGCUAGAUUUUUCUGACAACUCAAUUGGUGGUGCACUUCCUAGAUCAUUUGGUAAACUUUCAUCACUGAAAGUUCUCGAUCUGUCUAAAAAUCACUUCACAGGAAAUCCAUUUGAAAGUCUUAGAUCACUCUCUAAUUUGACAUAUCUUAGCCUUUCUGAUAAUCUUUUUCAACGAAUUGUCAAGGAAGAUGAUCUUGCAAAUCUUAUGAGAUUAAAGUAUUUUGUGGCACAGGGGAGCAAUUUUACUUUAAAAGUGGGUCCCAAUUGGCAUCCAAGUUUUCAGCUUACUUAUUUGGAUAUGAGGUCAUGGCAGUUAGGUCCCAACUUUCCAUCAUGGAUUCAGUCACAAAACAAAUUGCAUUAUUUAGAUAUGUCUAAUGCAGGGAUUUUAGAUUCCAUUCCCACUUGGUUUUGGGGAACAUUUUCUCAAGCUAUUUAUGUAAACCUUUCUCAUAAUCAUAUUCACGGUAAGCUUGUGACUACAUUAAGGAAUCCAUUAUCAACUCGUUUUGUUGAUCUAAGUGCAAAUCAUUUAUGUGGUAAACUGCCCUAUCUAUCAAAUAAUGUCGAAUUGUUAGAUAUUUCAAGUAAUUCUUUCUCUGAGCCCAUGAAUGAUUUCUUAUGUAACAAAGGAUUCAAGCGAUUUGGAUUACAACUUCUCAAUCUCGCAUCAAAUAAUUUGUCAGGAAAAAUACCUGAUUGUUGGAUAAAAUGGUCAAAUUUGGUGGAUCUAAAUUUACAAAGCAACAAUUUUGUUGGGAACUUACCCCCAUCCAUGGCAUCUUUAACCUGGUUAGUAUCUUGCAACAUUCGUAAUAACUCACUCUCAGGAACAUUUCCCGCUUUUUUGAAGAAGAUAAACCCACUGAUAUCCUUGGACCUUGGGGAAAAUAACUUUUCAGGUAAUAUUCCAACAUGGAUCGGAGAAAGGCUUUUAAACAUUAAAAUUCUUCGCCUUCGAUCAAACAAAUUUUCAGGUCAUAUUCCAAAUGGAAUAUGUGACAUGAUUUUUCUUCAGGAUUUGGACCUUACACAAAAUAGUUUGUCUGGAAUGGGUCUAUUUCUAAUGCCUUGGGAAAUUUGACUUCUCUGGUUGGACUUCAU